CUCUGAAAACCCUCGGGCUAGACUACCGUCAAAGCCCGCCAAAAGCACCCCAAUUUGGAGACUGCGCGGAUAUCCCAAUGCCUAGAGAGGAUUGAGCUCUCUUGAUUUUGGCGGAAGAGAACCGCCCUCGUGGACAAGACCCCCUCUUUGCGAAAAUUGAAGCUACCCCAGCAGCCCCAACAGCUAGUGACCUGCAGUAAGGAGAAAGUAAUGUCAAAAUUGGCUCUUGCUUGCUGCAAGGUUUACAUAUCUGAAAGCAGAAACAAGGCUGCGCUGGAGUCCAUUGAACAAGCUGCCAAGCUCGUCCCUGAAGCACCCAUUAUCAACAAGUUCACGAAUGAGGUUUACAAUAGAGUUGGGUAUACCCUUGUUUCCAAGCUCCCAUCAAAGCCAUCUAUAAAGCCAUGUUCUCUGAGAAGUGCAGUCCUGAACAUGGUUAAGGCUGCAUUUUCGGCAAUCGACUUGGACUCGCAUUGUGGCAGCCACCCACGACUCGGAGUUGUAGAUCAUACAUGCUUAUAUCCUUUGGCCUUUGCUUCCUUGCACGAUGCAGCUGCAAUUGCAAAAUCUUUGGCUGCUGAUGUUGGAUGUGGUCUGCAAGUCCCAACAUUUCUAUAUGGAGCGGCUCAUGAAGAGGGAAGGAAGCUAGCAACGAUCCGAAGAGAGCUGGGUUAUUUCAAGCCAAAUUCUGAUGGCUUAUGGGCUGGAGGGAUGAAAUCAGAUUCAUUGCCACUAAAGCCAGAUGAGGGUCCAGCUGAAGCAAGUAAAGCAAAAGGCAUCGUCGUGAUAGGAGCAACAGAGUGGGUUGAUAACUACAACAUCCCGAUCUUCUCUACCGAUAUCGCCGCUGUUCGUAACAUUGCAAAACAAGUCAGUGAGAGAGGAGGUGGGCUUCCUUCAGUUCAAGCAAUGGCCCUUGCUCUUGAUGAAGGUGUGAUUGAGGUGGCUUGUAAUUUGCAACAACCAAGUAAAGUGGGAGGAAAAAUGGUUCAGCAGGAGGUUGAACGGCUUGCAGAAAGUGAGGGAUUAGGUGUGGGGAAAGGUUACUUCACAAGCCCCUCGCAAGAGGCUAUGAUAGAAAGAGAAAUAUGGACAAUCUAUGAAUCUAAAUGUGAAGCAUAAGAUGAACAAGAGGUUGAAAUUGAAGGACACGACAUCGGAACAUAAAGCAUAAUCUUAUCUAUUGCUGUUGAAUGUCCAAUGUAUGUAUGAUUCGCUGUUAUCCACAUCGCCAUCCACACACAGAUGACUGUUCAUUAUUUAAUGUAACUUUCAAGUUUAGGUUUUUAAUUUUCAUAUCUUAAAUAAAUUCUCGAAUUU